UGAACCUGCCCCUUUAACUCCCACCUUCUAGGGUUGUCCAUACUCCCCACUUUUUAGGAUACUGCCCCUUUCUUAGUCUGGGAUCUGAACAAGAACCCAAGAUUCAACCUUUUGAUCUUCAGCAAUCUCAGGACCGGUCUCCUCUACCAUGACAAAGGAAUAUCAAGACCUUCAGCAUCUGGACGGUGAGGAGAAUGAUUACCAGCUCAGAAAAGAGCUGUCUCCUGCCCCAACACUCUGGAAGCGCCUCUGCUCCAGCUUCCGGCUGCUCCUGCUCUCACUGGGCCUCAGCUUCCUGCUACUGGUGGUGGUCUGUGUCAUUGGAUCCCAAAACUCCAAACUGGAGGAGGAGAUGCAGGCUCUGAGACAGACUUUCAGCAACUUUACAGAGGACAUCGAGGACCAGGUUAAGGGCCUGAGCAACCAGGGAGACACUGUGGGCAGAAAGAUGAAAUCCCUGGAGACACAGAUGGAGAAACAGCAGAACAACCUGAAAGAAGAACACUCUUCUUUGCUACUCCAUGUGGAGCAGUUUAUGUCCGACCUUCGAAGCCUGAGCUGUCAGAUGGCUGUCCUCCAUGGCAAUGUCUCUGAAAAGACCUGCUGCCCGGUUAACUGGAAGGAGUUCAGGGGUAGCUGCUACUGGUUCUCUCACACUGGCCAGUCUUGGCUUGAGGCUGAUACUUACUGCAAGCUGGAGAACGCCCAUCUGGUAGUGAUCGGCUCAAUCGAGGAGCAGCAAUUUGUCCAGCAGCACAUGGGUUCAAUGAAGACCUGGAUAGGCCUCACUGACCAGAAUGGGCCCUGGAGGUGGGUGGACGGCACAGACUACGAGAAGGGCUUCAAAAACUGGAGACCAGAGCAGCCUGAUAACUGGUAUGGACAUGGACUCGGAGGAGGGGAGGACUGUGCCCACUUGACGGAGAAUGGCCAAUGGAACGACGACCACUGCCCGAGGCCUUACCGCUGGGUGUGUGAGACAGCAAAGAACACCAUCAGCUAGGAGCCUCCUCACCCUCUAAUGUAUUUCCUCAAGGCUCCACGGAGGGGGCUGGCAGGGCCGAAGAGCUUCCUAUUUGGGACCCUCCUCUACCUUUGAGAGAUUUUCAUCUGGGAUACUAGGAACAGAAAUGAUGGUUUCCUAGGAAUAGAGAAUGAUGUUCGGUGGGGUGGAGAGUGGAAACUAUGAAAUUAUUUUCGCAGUUUAUGAGGUUAUUAUUGUCAUUUUUUUGAUAAAUUGUAAGAUGGAGAGAAAAUAUAACAAAACUCUAA